UCUGUCUGAGACUCCGCUGGACCACGCUGGGAGCCGAUGAGAACUGUGAUGAAAUGAAAGGGAGGGACUGAAUUCUGCAGGAAGCUUCAGGGCAGAGCCUCAAAUCAAUGAACCCGCUAGUUCACAUUCAGCUCUCUGCUGACUGAAGUCCGCCUGCUUUACGCAGCAGACUGAGACUAAAACUCUGGGAACCGGGGCAGAAUGAUCAGAUUUGGACUCUGGGCUUUUUUCUUUUAGUGGUUUUUUUUAAGACGCACUUUUUUUCCUGCUUUUUAUGAUGCUUUUCAAUAACUUUGGUGAUCUAGACUGGAAACACCGGCCCUAAGACGAGUUCCUCCUAACCCCGCGGUGCGUUCGGACUCCCAGAAUGAAUAACCAGUCGGUGACCGGGAGAAUGGUCCCAACCAUCCCGUCCAUCAUGUUUAUUUUCGGGGUGGUUGGGAACGUCAUUGCCAUCGUAGUUCUGUGUAAAACUCGCCGAGAGCAGAAGGAGACCACCUUUUACACGCUCGUGUGCGGGCUGGCUGUCACGGACCUCCUGGGCACCCUGCUGGCCAGCCCGGUCACCAUCGCCACCUACGUGAAAGGCUCGUGGCCCGGACAGGACCCGCUGUGCCAGUACUUCGGAUUCACCAUGCUCUUCUUCUCACUGGCGGGUCUCAGCAUCAUCUGCGCCAUGUCGGUGGAGAGAUUCAUCGCCAUUAACCAUGCCUACUUUUACAACGACUACGUGGACCAGAGACUGGCCGGAAAGACCCUGAUAGCCAUCUACAUCUCCAACGCGCUCUUCUGCGCGCUGCCGAUCGUCGGUUUUGGCCAAGUGAAGAAACAAUACCCGCAGACCUGGUGCUUUUUGGAGUGGCGGAGCAACAAGACCAGCGAUGCCGCCUACUCGUACAUGUACGCCGGCUUCAGCUCUCUUCUCAUUCUCGCCACGGUCGUCUGUAACGUGCUCGUAUGCGGGGCUCUGAUCCGGAUGCAUCGACGCUUCGUGCGCAGGACGUCGCUGGGAACCGACCUGGGGCGCAACGUGGACCCGCGGAGGAGAGCACGCAGCUUUGGGCGUCUGGCUGGUGCGGAGAUUCAGAUGGUCAUCCUGCUCAUCGGUACAUCGGUGGUGGUGCUCAUCUGUUCCAUCCCACUCGUGUCUCAGGUGUUUCUGAACCAGCUUUAUAAGACUUCAGUGGAGCAACGGCUGGACAUAAACCCUGACCUCCGGGCCAUACGCUUUGCCUCCUUCAACCCCAUUCUUGACCCUUGGAUCUACAUCCUUCUCCGCAAGGCCGUUCUCCUCAAGCUCAUUGAGAAAGUCAAGUGCCUGUUUUGCAAAAUAGGAGCAAGAAGGCAGCAGAUUCAUGGGAACUUUCACUGCAUGGAUGCCCAUCAGCUCUCUUCAAUCAUCUCUAACCAGGACUCUCCUUCAUUGGUGUCCCACGACCCUGGAGACAUCACCAGCAACUCCCAGUCCUUCCUCUGUACUUCAGAGGGAAGUGAGCUGCACACUGGAAACGGUCCAAAGGCAAAUAAACAACAAAAUUCAGUCCGAAACUCAAAAGCCUCUUAUUCCUCUGAGAGUGGCAGCAGUGAGGCUCAGACUCAAGAAGGGACAAACACGGCACAUCCAAAAGAUCCAGCUCUGCAGGUGACUCUAAACUCAGAAACGACGGCGGAGAAAUGCAUCUGAGUCCUGUCGUUUUACCUCUGAUAAGAUUUUAACUCCCAGGUCGAGCACAUGGGGGUGGAAAGGUGCAGCUACCUCAGAGAUGACAAACUCUGAAUGCAUUUGCAGAUUCUGACAGAUGUUCUGCAACAGCCACUGAUGGAGAAGUCGGUUCUUUCUCAUUUUAAUCUGCUGUGUGCAUGUGAAAGUGAACUGGGGAGGGGGCAGUAAAUCAGAAAUAAUGAGUCACGAGUUAGUGGUCGUUACAGUAAAGAAGAACAGCUGUCAGGUCAAAGCAGUUUAUUGUGACUUUGUGUAAUGAGUGUUUUUUUUUUAUUUUUGCUGCACAAACUUAAAAUUUGCGAAGGUAUUUAAUCUUACGUCGAGGGUACAAAGAGUUACACCUUUCAGGAAAUGUGGUGGCGUCAGUGAAAAUUAACGUGUUGUGAUGCAUAGCCUACGUAAUUCGUUCAUUCUUCUCCAGGAGAAGGUUCUGUAUUAAAUCCCGUUUUCGGGAUGCAUUCCGGUUGAGUAUUUGUGUUCGGGAUCAUUUUAAAGGUUAUAUCAGUGUUUUGUGUUCAUCAAGUGCAUGGACGUAGUUUUGACUUUAGAAGUGGAGGACACAACUGGCAUGAUGUACGUAUAAAACUACAACUUAGAGGCUCUUUUAUGCAAAUGUCAGGAAUGCAGAACUGUCAAGUACACAGGUGGAAGGAACGGCCAAUCACACGUUAGCAAGCAUCAGCAGAGCCAAUAUAUGAGCUGCUGAACGGUUCUAAUGGGAAACAGACUUCAACACAAGUGGUUGUUUUCCGCUUGGUCCUAGCAUGGAUGUAAUUUGGGGUGGGGGGGGGGGCAUGUCCCCCCACUUUUUCCCAAAGUCAAGUUUUGACCCCUGCACUUUUUACCAUCCAAAAACAAUAUUACGCUAUAUUAAAUUGACACUGGUUGAGCUCUAGGACCAAGCGGAAAACAACCGUUAGUGCUGAAGCCUGUUUCACAUUAGAGCAUACUGUAAAGAUACCCCCCCCCCCCCCCCCCUUCUAAAGUGAAAAUUACAUCCAUGGGUCCUAGUGCUAAACCAGUGUCUAUUUAAUAUAGCGUGAUAUUGUUUUUGGACGGUAAAAUGUGCAAAAAACAAAAAUUGACUUUGGAAAAACUGGGGGGUGCGUGUCCCCUUGUCCCCCCCAAAACUACGUCCAUGAUCAAGUGCAGUUCUGCAACUCAGAAACUUUAGAGAUUCAGCAAAAACGAUAAAAGGAAAGAAAAUGUAUUCACUGGGUAUGAGAAUGUAUCAGGACGAGCUGAAAAUCAAUGUUCCAAUACAGUUUAUAGUUUUUGUCAUUUAAAACAAUAUUGACUUUAGAAUUUAAAAAACCCUGAAAAGUUGCUCAUUCACCGUUAAUAUAUUGGUAUUAAGGAAUGUUAAGACUAUUUUUUUUUAGAUCUGUAAACAUUCAGAUCAGGAUCCGCUGAAAACACAACACUUUUUUCCUAUUUCUGCUCAUUUUAAUUGAAAUACAUUCCAUCCACACCGUCUCUCUCCUCUAUUUUGUUUUUAAAAGACUGAAUUUCACGUUUUAACAUCCUCUCCUGUAAGUCGACACCUUCUCCCUGCCCUCACGUUGAACUUUUGGGUCCGUUUUCAUUUUUUCCUUCUCUAAUGAGCUUGAUGACACAACCUGGCUUAAUUUUUUUCUACAAUGAAAUUGUCAUUUUUAAUGUUAAGAAUCUCGUUUUAAUUGCUCUUUGUAGGAAAUUCUGAAAAACAAGGUCUUUUAAUUUAUUUGAAAAUGCCAAUAGUGCACUUUAUUUUGUUUAAUAUUGUAAUUUUGUGUAAUAUUUGUUGGUGAUUUUUGCUUUUUUUCCGCAAACAUGAUUGAUUGUUAUUAAUAACUGAAACUUUCUGUUGAAUCAGAAAUUCAAACAUGUAUAUUUAAUAAUGCAGCUAUAAAUGAAUGUUCAUGUUCCACUAAAACAUUUGACCCGUUGGGCACUUUCUCACUAUAAAAAAAGAUUUGUGACAGAAAAUCUGUUGUUUGACUCCAUGAAAUCAUUCAGUCACUGAUUAGUGAAUUUACCCUACAUUUAAAGGUGCAAGAUGUAAGAGUGACAUCCUGUGGCCAAAUACGGGUACUGCAGUCCAAACCAGUGAGCUCUGAACAGCUGCUGCCGUUUACGGAUCAGCACCAGAAGAGAUGAGCAAAGAUGGGUCAUAGACAGUAAGUUCAUAAAUAGAUAACUCCAUUUCACUGUGAAAUCAAGUUGUUGAUUUAGAGCUGACUGUCUUUUUUUUAAAUUCACUGUUAGCAUUGUUAGCUCAAGGUUAGCUUCUAUUAGGGGCGUUUCCAGUAACUUAGAACAUUGGGGCUGAGCCCAGACAAUCACAGAGGACUUUGGGGGAACCUACAGAUUAAAAAAAGGCUUUUUGAAGCGUUUGAUGACGAAUACUGAACUACAUACUUGAGCAUGAAUUGAUUUUCACACUUCAUUGUGACAAUGUAAACAAAAUCUCUAAAAUGAGUAUUAAUAAUAUGAAAGACAAGAUGAUGAAAUUAGUAACAAUGACAAUUUCUUUAGAAAUUUUUCUUUCCUUUACAAGCACAAAUGCUAGUUGUGUCAAGUUGCACGGUGGACCUCUGCUGCUCUCUUUCCGUAAUCGGAAGGUUGCAGGUUCGAGCCCCGCUCAGUCUGUCGCUGUCGUUGUGUCCUUGGGCAAGACACUUAACCCACGUUGCCUGCUGGUGGUGGUCGGAGGGACCAGUGGCGCCAGUGCUCGGCAGCCUCGCCUCUGUCAGUGCGCCCCAGGGCAGCUGUGGCUACAUCGUAGCUCAUCCCCACCAGUGUGUGAAUGUGUGUGUGAAUGGGUGAAUGACUGGUUGUGUUGUAAAGCGCCUUGGGGGGUUCCAGGACUCUAGAAGGUGCCAUAUCAAAUACAGGCCAUUCACCAUUUACCAUUUCCUCUCCAUCAUCUGCUCACUCCUUCUUGCUUUUCCUGAUGUCGCCUCUAGUUUCCCUCUGCCACCUGCUAUUUUCCUGUCUAACUUUUCUUUCUUCCUGUCCUCUAAUCCUCAUCUCCCUCCCUCUUUUAUUCAACAUCCUAUUUUCUCUUCCUCCACAUCUACUGAUUUUUUUCUUAGAAGUUGGAAGUUAGACUGAAACGUCUUGCUUUUACCUCUGCAAAUCUAUGACCUCUUCGAGGUCAACCUUAGCCAGCAUCUCUUUCUUUUUUGACGUUAGAGCCAAAUCUCUUUACCGCUCCUGACCCGUUGUAUUCCUCGGCCAUGCGUGCAGUCGGUGAAGGGCACCGAAAGACCUUCCACGACUGCAGCUUGUAACUGGGAUCGUCAAGGAAGCUUGGACCGUUAAAAACCUAAGGUGGGGAGAGUAUCUUUUUGAUUCCUUGUUUGUCUCGGUUUGCCGUACAAUCUACAAACAAAGCAGAAUGCUGCACUGGUAGUUAUAUUUCAGCCACUAAAAUGCUGUUGGUUGAUAUUUUCCUUUUUGCUCGCCCAACAUUCUUGACGGAAAGCAAUGAUGAUUCAUUUGCAGUCCCCCGUGUCUGCAGGCCCCAAAUUACUGAUUUCGCUUGUCUCUUGCAUAUGAUGGUCUUCCUCAGCAUUAUUGAGACAUUAAAGUGUUUUGUGAUUCUUUCACUGUAAAAGUGUUACUUACUGCACCUUUAAAGACCAAGUUCACUUGUUUUAUGCAAAGUAUUUGCAGUGAAAUUAUUGUCUUGUGGGUCGAUCACUGUAGGGAAAAAUCUCUCGACUCCAGUCUUAGGCCCUGUCCACACGUAGCCAGGGAUCUGCCAAAUCGUAGAUAUUUCUCUACGUUUUGGCCUGUCAUCCACACGAAAACGGAGUUUUUUUCACACGAAAACGGAUCUUUUUAAAAAGUCCGGCCAAAGUGAAGAUCUGCGUUUUCUCCGUUUUGGGUGUCUGCGUGUGGACGGACAAAACCGGAGUUUUAAGAUCCGCAACGUCACUUUCCGCGACAAAAAAAAUGCUGACAUCACGUGUGCGACCUGUGUUUACACUAGCCGACAGCAUGGAUGCCCUCAGAGCUGCGCUCGCUUUAUCAAUUGUCCAAGCGCUUUUUGCUUGUUUGUUUUUGCAAGUGGAAUUACUGCUCCUUGCGGAAGACCACAGACGAAGGACGAGGUUAAGAACGGGGGAAGUACUGCCGCCUACAGGUCUAGCAUGUCCUUAACAACGUAUUUAUCCGGGUACGUGUGGACAGAGUUUUUUUUAAACGAGGUGGUGUGGAUGCAAGUUUUGGGAGGGGCGGAUAUUCGUUUAAAAAAAAAACGGCUACGUGUGGACUAGGCGUCUGGAACAAGAAUUUAGCAAGCUGAGAGGUGAGCGUUAGACGGCAGGAUUUGGAGUCUAAUUUCCAGAUUUUUAGACAUCUUUCCUCUGAUUGUCUAACAGCAACGUGACUCUACCGCUGACUUUGUUUGCUCUGCAACGUUUAUGUUUUCUCUCCAUAAACAACGCAAGUCUGGAGGAGUUCUGCCAUGUUGUAAAUUUGCUAACAGUUAGCUUCUGCUAUCCGAGUUGUGCUCCCCUCUUUCCUAGAAGCUAAACCAACAACAGCCUCCCCCAUUACAAGCCAAGAUGGUUGAGUCUAUUACCGUUCAUUUUUCAACGUGACUUAAAUCUGUCAGGCUUUUCUAAUCCAAGCGUUUCCCCAUCCAUUUUCUAUCGACGGCUAAUGCUGGAAAUAGAGGGUAAGGACUACAUUUGUGCGACAUGUUAAAUUAACAAAAUUUAUAGAGAAAACCUCAUUAAUUCAAUCAAAUGAAGAACUGGAAAACAAAAUCUGGCCAGACUGACGGAAAGCUUUUCUCCACAAAUAAUAAACAUUUUAGUCCAGUUGAGCUUAAACAAGCAACACAAAAAGACAAAGUGUCAGAGUGUCCUUCAGACUGCAUUAAUCAACAUAAACUUUGGGGAAAACUGACCUAACAGGAGUGGGAAGUGAUCAUCCUUACUCACCAGAGUUAACUGUUGGUCUGCUUGCUUUUUGCAAACAACAGACGAUCUUCUCGUUGAUCAGUGUGCUGCAGACACACUCCAGAUAUUUUAAUAAGAUGGGCAAAUGUAUGAGUGUGAUGUUUUACAUCAGCUGGGAUCCGCAGGCUGUUCACUGACAAACAGCAGAAAAUACCUGCUGCCGCUUUGACGCAUCUGCCGUCACCUGGCGCUGAAAAGGACACGAUGCAAUCUGUCUGGAAAGAUGCCAGAACCUAACCAGAUCUGAUUGCAGCAGCUGAUAAAUGUCUCAGAGCCUGGGCCUCCUCCGCUCGGUAGCGGAGAGGAAGUAGGAGUGAAAUGUCAUCUGGGGGGGAAAACAGGAUCUCCCGAGGUGUGUUAGGAGACCUCUGACUCACAUCAGCGUGAAGAGCUCAGCGUUUUCCAUGAGGUGUCCCUGAAGUGGUCUAAAUGUCCUCAAGAGCAUCAAAUCCUCACCUGAUGAUGACUAUUACCAUGUUUUCACACAGUUAUGUUAAAGAAUGUGUGUGAAAUAUAUAAUUUAAAUCUGAAAGAUGAAAAUCUCAUCAGAUUUUGAUCUGACUGAUCCACAGAUACCAAUUUUUUUUAUUAUUUAAUGCAUUUAAUUUGAAAUUUUCUACAUUUAAUGGAAGUAUAGCUCUGUGGAGGUGUAUAUAAUUAAAUGUUUUUGAGCGAUCAGGAGCUCUGCUGGUUGCUGCAGACUGAGUUGCUCUGAGGUGGGGUUUAAUCCCCGUCCAAAUCCCCCCACAAAUAUACAGCGUGUAGCUUGUUUUAAAGGCUUUAAGCAUUAAAACUUACAUCAGCAAGUUUCCAUGACACAGACGUCUAAUUGGUAACUUUGAACCCCGCUGUUGUGUAAUGACUAAACUAAAUAGGAAGAAGCUAGCCACAUCAGGCCAUCUGAAUGACGGGUUUUAAAUAAACAUCCUUCAAAAUAUUUCUAAAACCUUUCUGCCGGAAGUAACAGUGUUAUUGCAGGAUCUUGUUGCUGGGAAGUGUUUACACAGUCAACGACAGCAUCCAGUAGCAAUCAACAGACCAGCUCAGUGGCGUAGAAGAAGAAGAAGAAGAAGAAAAUAUAAUUUCUAUAGCGCCUCUCAAGAUAAAAAUCACGAGGCGCUUCACAAAAACAAAAACAAAAAAUAAAAAAAAUUGUAAAAAUAUAAAAAAGCAUUUUGAAAAUGUUUAAAAUAUAUUUAAAAUGAGCAAAAAUAAGCUAUUGGGAUUUAAAAGAAAAAAUGUUAAGAAAGAGAGAGAGUGAACAGGAAAGAGGGAAAUCAGUGGAUCCUGAGGAAGGUGGAAUAGGUGGGGAGAGCAGAAUAAAGAGAGAGAGGUGAAGAAGGUCAUACAAAAGCCAGCUUGAACAAGUGAGUCUUCAGCUGCUUUUUAAAGGAGACCACUGAGUCCACUGAUCUCAGGCUCAGGGGGAGAGAGGUCCAGAGUCUGGGGGCCACAGCAGCAAAUGAUCUGUCACCUUUGACCUUUAGCCUGGUGCUGCACAACCAGUAGGCUUUGAUCACUGGACCUCAGGGACCUGCUGGGGGUGUAGGGACAAAGAUGAUCACCAAUGUAAGAUGGUGCUUGUCCAUGUAAGGCCCUAUAGACCAGAACCAGGAUCUUGAAAUGAACCCUGGAGUUGACUGGGAGCCAGUGAAGCUGGAGGUACAGUAUGAGUCCACAGUGAGACUGGGAGAUAAAGGAUUAAUACCCAUGGUCCGGUCAUACCAGACUUUAAAAAUGCGAUCCAACACCUUCCUGCUUGACACUCAGCAUUAAGGCGUUCGAUUGGAGGGUUAAACCACCAAAAAGGUUCCUGAGCAUGGCCGUGUCUGCAGCUCACCGCUCCCCCAGGGGAUGGGUCGAAUGCAGAGAUGAAUUUCACUCACCAGUGUGACAGCUAACGGGACUUUAACUUUUAAUGUGUGCAUCUGGUGUGUGUGUGUGUGUGUGUGUGUGUGUGUGUG